CAACAUCUGGCCGGCACUUUUAUUUCUCCGCCGAGAAGGGAGAUAUAGUCGCGCCUACAAUCUGAAGGGGUAUCCAGUUUGGAGAUAGCUUCAGCACUCGACGCAUCUGACGAACACAGCCAUGGGGAGCCGAGCCAUGCUCCUGCUAGCAGUCAUUUCGUCCAUGGUGUGUCUGUCAGUAUCGUACGUCCAGCCAACACCGUCCGCCAACCAGAAUCGCUGGAACUCAUCCACUGGCUUGCGUGGAAAUCAGGGGGGAUACAACCCCGGAGCCGGGCAGAACUGGCAGCAACGGCCAAACAACCACACCCACGGGGGUUACGCUCCCCUCGGCAACCGGACUCUGCCUGCGGGGUACGGACAGCAACCACCGGGUUAUGGCCAGCCUGGUUACAGACAACCAGGUUAUGGGCAGCCCACACAACGACCUGGUUAUGGGCAGGCUAAUCAUGGACAACCUGGUUAUGGGCAGCCCACACAACGACCUGGUUAUGGGCAGGCUAAUCAUGGACAAUCUGGUUAUGGCCAGCCUGGUUACGGACAACCAGGUUAUGGACAGUCAGGGCAAAGACAGCCUGGUUAUGGGCAGCCCACACAACAACCUGGUUAUGGGCAGGCUAAUCAUGGACAACCUGGUUAUGGACAGACUGGUCAUGGACAACCUGGUUACGGACAGAUUGGUCAGGGACAACCUGGUUACGGACAGAUUGGUCAGGGACAACCUGGUUAUGGGCAGACUGGUCAUGGACAACCUGGUUACGGACAGAUUGGUCAGGGACAACCUGGUUACGGACAGAUUGGUCAGGGACAACCUGGUUACGGACAGAUUGGUCAGGGACAACCUGGUUAUGGGCAGACUGGUCAUGGACAACCUGGUUACGGACAGAUUGGUCAGGGACAACCUGGUUACGGACAGACUGGUCAUGGACAACCUGGUUACGGACAGAUUGGUCAGGGACAACCUGGUUAUGGGCAGACUGGUCAUGGACAACCUGGUUACGGACAGACUGGUUAUGUGCAACCAGGUUACGGACAGACUGGUCAUGUGCAACCUGGUUACGGACAGACAGGUUAUGUGCAACCUGGUUAUGGACAGACUGGAUAUGGACAACCAGGUUACGGACAGACAGGUUAUGUGCAACCUGCUUACGGACAGACAGGAAAUGGACAACCUGGUUACGGACAAACUGGUCAUGGACAACCAGGACAUUAUGGGCAGACACAAAAUUCCACAAAUUCAGGUACCUAUGGGCUGCAGAGAAACUCCAGUCAGCCAGGAAGUUAUGGCCAUCCAGGAGGGUACAGACAGAAUGGUUAUUGAUAAGGCCUAACGAUAUAAAGAAUUACCAAAAAAUAUAAAUAGGGUGGUUCUGUUCAAGUUACAAACUAUAACAAUGUAACAAAUUUUUUUUUAAGUUGAUGUAAUAAAUAUACAAUUAUAUCCAUA